UACAAUUUUCACGUGCAGAAAACUGCUUUCGAAGAGUAAGCUUAAUACAUAACAUUAUUAUAAGAAAGAAUCAAAUAAAAACGAAUAAAUAAAUUGCCUCUAUAAAUUGUCCCAUUUUUGAAGUGCCUGUUCUUUUGAAUCACAAUUGUUGAAAACAGAUUGUUAAUUCCAGCAUUAAACCAAAAACUUAACUUUACCUUUCUUCACCCACAAUAAAAUAUUACAAUAGGAACCCUUUCCAAUUUUUGUUAAGAAUUUUGACCGCUGAAAGCAUGUGCAAAGUUCGUCUGGCUUAGGAAAAAAAAACAAAACAUUCAGUUUCGAUAUUUAUUUUACCCCAGAUUCCGAUAGGUCUUUUUAGUUCAUCAUUUUGGACCCGAUUUGCUUGUUUUAUAUUUAGCUUCUGUCCCGCCUAUAACCAAAACUUACAGACACAAACGUGCAGAUCUGUUGACUUCUCAUUUUACAUCGAUUUUUGUCUUUACCUUGAAGGAAGUUCAAUUCCAUCAACUGGUUCCUUUUGCGAGUUUUAGCCAAAAUCUACAAGCCUUCCGAACCCACGGCACAUAUGGCAACUUCCCGUCCACCUUUCCACGCUACUGUGCCGUCACUCGAAUGCCGAAAAUGCGGCAUAGGUUUCACUGGUGACUCUGCAAAGGAACUGCCUUGUGGUCACUGUAUCUGUGUGCGAUGCGCGCCUGAGUUAGAGGCUGAAACUGAGGAAUUGCAGAAAUGUCCAGUGCUGGACUGUCCCAGACAGAAGGCCACGUUCAAAGAUCGAAUCAGGGUAGGAGAUUUGCCUGUGAGACCAGUGGCCGAAAUGGAAAUGUUUUCAGUGGUAACUUCAACACUGAAUGUGCAACCAUUCCGAGAAGAGUGCUGUUCAGUCGCGUCAACUGAUGUCACUGACCUUUCAUCUUCAAUCACUACAUCGUCAACCUCCUCAAUUUUCUGCUCCUCUGCAAUUGGAGAUGGCGCUCACAGUUCUAGAGAAACGGAACAGGAUGAAUUAAUCGGUAGAUUGGAGGGACUUGCUGUAUCAAGUGAAGCGGUUGGAGGCGAUAGUGGCAGGGGAGCGAGGGGUGUCAUUUUUGGUGACUGUGUCGGAGGAGGGGUUGGGAGCAUCUCUGCGGGUAGCAUCUCCUCUACACUUGGAGAUGGCGCUCACAGUUCUAGAGAAACGGGACAGGAUGAAUUAAUCGGUGGUUUGGAGGGACUUGCUGUAUCAAGUGGAGCGGUUGGAGGCGAUAGUGGUGGGGAAGAUGGUUCCUCUUUUAGUGGGAUGAGAGAAGUUGUUGCGAGAAAGAGGAGGACUCUAGUGGGAGUGGAAAGGAAGGCAGUGGGAGAUGAUGAGGUUGUGUUCUGUCAGGCGGUGUAUAACACAGAGACGAAAGAAGUGCUCUGUAUUAAAGACGUUGAUGAAGAAAAUGUAAUCCGAGUGUGUGGAUUAGAUGAAACAAGUGGAGUUGUUGAAAUAAAAAGAACGAUGGACUGGACUGUACUGAGGGGAGACGAAGAUAAACUGUGGAUGAUGGCAAUGGACGGUAACAACGAGUUGUACGGGUGUAUGGAGAGGAAGAGUGAUGGAGUAGAAAGAGUGGAGAUAUUGGACCAGAAUACACUUGAGAAGAAAGAACAACUAGACACAGAUGGAAUUGAUAACGGAAUAAACAUUAGCUGGAUGGUAGGUGCUUCAGGUCAUAGUGUGGUUGUAGCUGUACUUGAUGCAAGAGAGUCAGACUGGAAAUGGACAAGUGUGACUGUGUUUAAAAAUCAGCAAAGACAGCACACUGUGUCACUUAAUAUUGCAUUGGACGGAGGAUGGAAUAUAAGCAGCUGUGUUUUAGCGAACGAGACCACAUUGUUGCUCUCUUGUGGUAACAAUACCAAUAGAGUGGCAGUGAUCUCGCUUCCACCACCACCACCAUCAGAUACAUCAAAAAAGACCAGAACUGAUACAACCAUAGCAACAACUUCAACAGCAUUAACAUUAAGGCCACUGUCUGUGAUCUAUAUAGUCUUGUCUGAAGUAAAGCAAGUUUAUGCUCUAGUCUGGAUGCCAUCAGCCGGAGUCCAUUCACAGUCCCAGUUGUUAACCGGACACCUUUGGGUGACAGAUUAUCACAAUAAUCAAGAAGGAAAAGAACAAGAAGUAGUAAUUGCUUCAAACGGAGACAUAAUCCUAAUAUUAAACACUAAUACAUUCCGUGUGUAUGAACUCGAUAUUAAGAAAGACGUGUCCCAGCCAGAACAACCAGAGGAAAUUACACUUCACUCAAUGACCGAUAUUGCACCCUCUAUGAACGCAGGUGUAUUUUGUAAAAUUGAUGAAACUACAAUUUUUGGAGAUUGCGCGGAAACUGGCUAUUGUAAACCGUGCCUGUUCAGCUUAGAGUAUCAACCACCUCAGUAG